CGCGUGCGCGCUGGGGCCGGCGGCGGCCGCGCGGAGGAGCGCGGGUAGUGGGGGCUCCGGGGAGGCCUCUCGUGCGUCCGUCAGUCCGUCCGGAAGUGUGCGGUCCCGCCGGCUCCGGCCCUCGGCCUUUCCUCCCGGGGCACGCCUGCCGCCCGCUGCCGCCGCGGCGCAGCGGGAGGGACGCGAGGAGCCGCCAGGAUGAAGCUGGUGAGGAAGGACCUGGAGAAGGAUAAUGCGGGGCAGGUGACGCUGAUCCCCGAGGAGCCUGAGGACAUGUGGCAUACCUACAACCUGCUGCAGGUGGGUGACAGCCUGCGUGCUUCCACCAUCCGCAAGGUUCAGACCGAGUCGUCCACGGGCAGCGUGGGCAGCAACCGCAUCCGCACUACCCUCACCCUCUGCGUGGAGACGAUCGACUUCGAUUCACAGGCCUGCCAGCUGCGGGUCAAGGGCACGAACAUCCAAGAGAACGAGUAUGUGAAGAUGGGUGCCUACCACACCAUCGAGCUGGAGCCCAACCGUCAGUUCACCCUGGCGAAGAAGCAGUGGGACAGCGUGGUGCUGGAGCGCAUCGAGCAGGCCUGCGACCCGGCCUGGAGCGCCGAUGUGGCGGCCGUGGUCAUGCAGGAGGGCUUGGCUCACGUCUGCCUGGUCACCCCGAGCAUGACGCUUACUCGUGCCAAGGUGGAGGUGAACAUCCCCCGCAAGCGGAAAGGGAACUGCAGUCAGCACGACCGGGCGCUGGAGAGGUUUUACGAGCAGGUGGUGCAAGCCAUCCAGAGGCAUAUCAACUUUGAGGUGGUGAAGUGUGUACUGGUGGCUAGCCCAGGCUUUGUGCGGGAGCAGUUUUGUGACUACAUGUUCCAGCAGGCAGUCAAGACUGACAACAAACUUCUGCUGGAGAACAGGUCCAAGUUCCUACAGGUCCACUCUUCUUCAGGACAUAAAUACGCACUGAAGGAAGCACUCUGCGACCCAGCUGUAACUAGCCGUCUUUCUGACACUAAGGCAGCUGGUGAGGUCAAAGCCUUAGAUGACUUCUAUAAAAUGCUGCAGCAUGAGCCUGACCGGGCUUUUUAUGGCCUGAAGCAUGUGGAGAAGGCCAACGAAGCCAUGGCCAUUGACACCCUGCUGAUCAGUGAUGAGCUUUUUCGGCACCAGGAUGUGGCUACACGUGCCCGAUAUGUCAAAUUGGUAGAUAGUGUACGGGAGAACAUGGGCACAGUACGCAUUUUCUCCAGCCUCCAUGUGUCUGGAGAGCAGCUGGGCCAGCUGACAGGGGUGGCAGCUAUCCUGCGCUUUCCUGUUGCUGAGCUCUCUGACCAGGAAGAUGAAUCUAGCUCUGAGGAGGAUUAAUAACAGUGACUUCAUUCCACAGUUUCUUUUCUGUGUCAUGUUGAAAUGACAUUAAAGGUCCUCCUGACCUGAAUACUGUAUGCAGAUGUACCAUGACAUGUAAUUAAACCGUUUUAAUAGUAAACAUGUACUUACAUAUAUAUAGCUUUACUCAGCACACUACUUGAUAUCUGAUAUAUGGUAAUAAUUAUUGGUAUAUUGUGCUGAGCUGACCGUUUUGCAGUUCCGGACCACCAGCAGUACAAGAAACUAAUCUGCCUCCCCAGUGCUGCUUAGUCUGCAUGUUAAGGCAGACUGCCAGCUUAUUUUUUCCUACAUUUUUCCUUAUGUAGGAAAAAAUAGUAAACUAACAGGGAAAAAUUCACUUUAAACUAUUUCUGUUUAGAUGCUUGAAAAGAGUAUUAUGAAACAAAUGUAAACUUCUUGGGAGACCUGUCAAAACUGUGCUUGAUCUUCGUAGGAGCUCCCUGUUCUUCGUAAGGUGUGUCAAAGGAAUUGGGGCAAUAUCAACUCUUAGGGCUUUGUGUGGUGAUGUAAGUCUAACCACUUAAAUAUUUCUGUGAAGCUCUUGAAGCAGUCUUUCAGCAACAAGACCCUUUAAGUUAAUCAUUUCUUUGUUAACUCAAUUGUAGAUGCAGGGCAAAUAGUGACUCUCAGUGCACCCAUUCAGUUAUCUUUUUGAAUGCUGUUACCUUGGGAAAUUGUCCUGAAGACUAACAAGAUGUCAUUGACUGUAUUCUGCAAAAAUGGCAUUAUUUAGCACUUGGUUCUGAGAAAGUAUAGGAAAAAACUUUAAAAAUCAGGACUUCAGCUUCCACAAUGAUUCUUUUGAUAGCAUAUAGUUUAGGUAAUUUCAUAAUCUGGAAUUCUCUUUGUAUACCUCUUUAAAAACAUACAUAAAUGGUGAUACAGAAAUAAAGAUGACAAAAUUAUAAAUCAAACUUCAGCUUAAGAUAGUGGAAACUGUAAAAGUGAAAACUACCUUUUCAAUUAUUUGAUCAGCUCAAAGUACUGAGAGCCAGAAAGAGUUUUCUUUCUUCACUGGACCAUAAAUCUUAGGUUGAGGAAGCAAAAACUGCUUACAGAUUCAGACGUAACAUGUGGUUGUAUUGUUUCAAACCCAGGUUUGAUGAUGUGGCUUGUGUGUGUAAAUAGGCAUUCCAUAUUUAAAUGUGAUGGAAGAUGAGAACAGGAACCACAGAAGAAUUCUGUAAUAUAGAAAGUGUUGUAAGAGUGGAACUAAUAAAAGAGUGGAAAAAAUAAAACUACCAAAACUCCUAGUCUGGGUAGAAUAGUUUUAGGAAAAUAAUUUUUAAGUAUAGCCCCAUGUUCAAGGAUGCCUGUCCUCUGAAUUUAAUACUAUCUAUUGGUAGCUGAAGCACCAAUCUAAACUUCUUGAUAGAGAAGUAUUUUUGAAUUAAAGCCAUCUCACCUCUUCUACAUCAUCCACAGUCUUAAGAAAUUCUUGUAAAGAACUUGUAUUAGAGCUGUAACACCUCAAUUCUUCUUUCGUUGAAGACAAACAAGCCCAUGGAGACACUUGUUUAAAGUCAGCUUACACACAAAUUAUGUUAUUUGAGCUUUACAUUUUUGUCUUGAAUGGUGUUGGGUGCCACGAGUCAUAGGAUGCUCGGGUAGGCUUUGUUUAGCAGUUAAGACUGCUUAAAUUAAUUUAUUUUUUUAAUUUGCCUAAGUUUAUUAUACACUUUUUAGCUAAAAAGCACCCUUAUUCCUGUUAUAUCUAGUUUAAUGUUAAAACCAUCAAGCAGAAGAAAUUGACCAGGAAAUAUUAAUUAUAGGCAGCAAAUUAGAGCCUUAAAUAAACUCAUAUCAAAACAAGUAAUUCAUUUCUCCAAGCUUUUAUAGCAUAUAGGAUGGUAUAGUAGUGUAUUCCCUUUUUCUAAGUAAUGCCAGUUUGUUGCAGCUGUACACAAAUGACAUAUUCUAAUUUGCAGUGCACCAGAAAUUCUUAGUUUUUCUCAACAAACUCUCUGAGAGACAAAUCACUGUUCUUUAGUUGUGGGAUGGAUUGCUAUUUUAUGAGAUGAGAUUGGUUCCAAGUAUUCCAUUGUAAACCAGAAGUUGUGAAGAGUUUUUGCUGAGGUCUGGGUAAUUUCAAUGACAGUUUUGUGUUUUGUGCCUCCAGUUACCAUCAAGGAAAAGAAGUGGCCAUUUUGUUGCAUUUUUGUUUCAUCUGCUAAGAAAAUGGGAUGAUAGUGAUUCUUUGAAUUAUUUACACUUAGAAUUAAAAUUCUGCCUUGACUAUAUUUUGUGUAAUUUUUUUUUGUUUGUUUUUUCGCUUUUGCUGUAAUGUUUUUAUGUCUCUGAAAGAAAUACUAAUGGAACUGCCCAAAGAAGUAUGGAAGGGUGGGAUUUUUUUUCUUUUUGGUAGGCAUUUUUGUUGUAAAAUAAAUAUACAGUCACUAUGUAUACAAAUGCAUCCUGUUUCAGGAAACAGCUUAAGGGCUUGGUAUUGAAAAUGGGCUGUGUUCAGUGCUUGACCUGGCCAAUCUCCAGGGUUGCCAGUAUCUUCCAUGUUUCAAGGAAUUUUGAACAGUUGAAAAGUCCAUACUGACGAAGUUCCUUGCUCAAUGCAGACUUUAGUUUGUGUGUAUAGAUAACACUUGCACAGAAGAGGCAUGCUAACGGCAAAUCAAAGGAGUGAGUGCUACAGCCAUGGGAAAAUAUUUUUUUGUCUAUUGUUUGGAACUAAACUAAAAUCUGUAUUUUGAACUGUCUCCAUGUUUAGGAUUAUAUUCUGGCAUAAUUCUGUGAAUUAAUAGUGUGGUUUUGCUUCCAGUUUUUCUGUGUUCAGAAUUAAUGAAGACGCAUUGUAGGACUUCCUGAAGCUUGUUACAUUUGUUAGGAAGAAAGCUUAAAAAAGUAUGAAAUUAGAUUGAUCAUGAACUCUGCUGUGCUAGAUAGUGAUUCAAAUAAAUUUAUUCAGUUAUU